AUGCCGAUCGUCGGCCAAACUGCAUCAGGGUGCGAGCUGAUGGCCGCUGGCUGCACGACGAACGCCGCGGAGGUUGCCACCUGGCAGGGCAGAAACAUCGCCGAGUGCGAUAUGGCGCUUUCAAACGUUACAUUCUCAACUGUUACAAACAUGAUUUGUCAUGCAAAAACAGCAUCACUCAUCUUCACACGAUCUUGUAUGAUGAGGUCGCCGAAAGUGCUUCCUCGCCCACCCGCCGGCGAGGGCGUCCCUGACCUUUGGCGCUGGGAGCGGGUGUCCACUAAAUGAUGAUUCUUCGCAUGACAACUUCUCGACGCGCUAAAUAGCACUAGAAUCCGUGGCAAAUCUGUAAUGCAAAAGGCGUGAUCUUCCUCCUUUCACUUUUGCCAUUCUUGCAUUACUAAUUUUGCCAUUCUUGCAUUACUAAUUCAUGUAUACAGCUGACUGAGGAUGUAACGUUUGGGAAUCCCAUAGACGACGUUUUGGCCGGCACGGCGUCUGGGUCGUCCGUCUGUAGACCUUUGUUGAAUACCGACUACGGUGGAUAUCCAGGAAAAAACACCCAUCCCCAUCCAUUUUUUGCAUGGCAAAUAGUGGAUUUUAUGCAUGUUUUGCAUGACAAAUUGGAUGGGGAUGGGUGUUUUUUCCUGGAUAGUGGAGGCGCGACGACUACGACAUCCGGAAAAACGUGGCAGGAAUGCGUCCGUAUCAAAUGUGAAAAUGUCUGGGUCUGGAAGAAUGCAACUUGUGAUGCUAACUUUGGAUUCUAAAAAAAUUUGUAUUGCAUGACCACCAAGAGGCGCCCAGUUUGUGCUACGCGGGGAGGGCAUUUGUCAUGCGGGAUAGGCAUCAGGAAGGCCUCUAGAAACAUGUGAUGCUAGAUCAUGCAUUACAGACAUCCUGAGUCAUGCAAAAUAUGCACGACAAACCUGGUAACCUUCCAGACCCAGACAUUUUUACAUUUGAUAGUCCGUCUCUGUGCGCAAAACCCCAGCUGCAAGCACUUGGUCCACCGUCCCGACGGUGGUGUUGCUGGGACCGCAAAGCUGACGGAUGGCACCACGGGGGACUGCAACAUCAAAACCGAGGAUAUGCCGGAUUCUUCGCAAGCGCAAAACACGGGAUUGAACAGCCUGGACAUGACAGCGCUGUGUCGGGAGGACGUGCUGAGCACCUACGACAGCAGCGAUCCGGCCGCGCUCCUGCCCUUGAACGGGCUCCCGGUUGGUACGACCGGAAGCUUCGUGCCGCCCGAACUAUUGCGGGCGAGUAUGUCGCCCUACUACCGAGGCAGCGACUGGGUGGACCCAGCGGCAACGAGUAACCCCGCAACCUGUGCGGUGGACAAUCCGUGCGAUUCCACCCCCGCAUCGUGUUAUGCGAGAGAAAAACUGUGUAUGUGUAAGUGUAACUUUCUUGGAGGAACAGCAUCACAAGUUUGCUCCGCAUAACAGACAAAACCUGUCAUGCGUAGCGAGUACGUGAAACAAACCUAACCGCGUUCGAAAAGAGCCUCUGACGCAUGUCCAGCAUGACAGGUGUAAAUGUAUGGCAUCGUCUGGAACACAAAGCUACACUCACACAGUGUUUUGCUUGGAUACGUGUCCUGUGGACUUCCCUGCGAAGUGCGGCGCCGAGCGUAUGCAAAGAAAAAAGCGUUACAGUUGCACAUCGUGUUGCGGAACGCGCAAGACAGACAACCUCUCUCAUGCCGGACGAAAGGCAUGCGAGCCCGAGCGUAGUUUCGUACGUGUUUUCCCUUAGGGUCUCUGUAUUGCAAGUUUUCUCUGCAAAACCAAAAGUGCAGAGCAAGUUUGUGUUGCUGAAGUUGCAGCAGAUGUGUAUACCAUAACACUUUUUUUCUUUGGAUAGAUUGGGUGCUGACCCGUCCCGAGGGCAUCACCACCGCUAUGAGAGUGCACCCCCCCCCUCCGCCUCAUUGUUCGUAUUGCAUGAGCAGCAAUAGAAACACCAGCGCACAUGGAGCCUGCGCAUGACAAGUUCAAGCGCGUCAUGCAGUACUGUUUAGGCUUCCACAAUCUGUCAUGCAAACACUGCCACAUGGCAGCGCAGCCCAGCGCGUGGAUUUGGGCUUUUGGCUUUUGUAUGACAAAUGAGGGCGAGGGGGGGUUGUGCACUGUCAUAACCGCGGUCGGGGAACAGGCGGACGGGUACUGCUUUCACAACGUACGCAUUGCAAAUAUGCAGCCUGGGUCUGGGAGAAUGCGAACAUUUGUCAUGCAGUUUGUGCCUGACCCAGAUCGUCUGGCGUGCAAGCCCUAGCGCCACAGGUUUCGGGCAGGUAGCCUAAUGCUUAAGCCGCAUGACUACAAAUCCACUUUUUCUGUGACAAGAAGCCGAAGCGCGGCCUUUUUCUGGCCACGCAUGACAGAUGUUGGCAUGUUGUGGAACUCGCAUCACAAAUUUGAAUCCUUCCAGACCCUGACAUAUUUGCAAUGCAUACAACGGGGGCACGAACAACUGGUGGGCGGUCGAAUUCCAGGACCGCGUGCCGCGGGACAUUGCGGGGUUCACCCUGUUUCAACUGGACGAUGGCUCGCGGGGCCAGUCCAUCCAGAACGCCAAAAUUUACCUGAACGACAGCGGCAUCCCGGAGGCUGCCCUCCGGACGCCGGGCCUGGUGAAGACGACCGGCACCUGGGUUCCGAUCAACAAAAGGGUCUGGAAAAUCCGCAUCGGAGACAGCUCGGGGAACACCGCCAACAACGCGCUGAUGUUCUGUGGCUUCUGGCUGUACCAGCGGGGGGACGCGCCAACCUUAACGAGGAUCAGCAGCAGUGGGGGCAUAUGCAUUGCAAAUAUGUCUGGGUCUGGAAGAUUUUUGAUGCGAGAUUUGUCAUGCUACUCUGGCAUGACUCUAAAGUAAACUCUGUACUGCGUGGCCGCGAAACGCUCCUCUUGCCUGUCAUGCAAAAACGCAGCUUCUCAUGCGGAGUACGCAACUCCGAACCACGAAAAAGCUUAAAGUUGUCACGCUUGCCAGCGCCUUGAGAGUGUGCUAACUAUCAUCCCUUUCUUGCAUCACAAAUUUCCAGACCCAGACGCAUAUGCAGUUGAUAGGGCACUAGCGCGGCCGCGGG